AUGGCUUAUCUCUGUUAUGUGUCGAAGGCAUUUUGGAUGGGGGAGUUUGUAGGUUUAUUAGUCGUUGGAGAUGAGAUGAGAUUGAUCAUCACCAAAAUUUUUUUUAUAUUAUUUUUUUAUUUUCUCACAAAGAAGCUCAGAGAAGAUGAACUGAUAGGGACACCCCAUAGACACAUUCUACCCCCAACAAACAUGCCAAUGAAGAGUAAAUCCAAUAACAAAAUCCAGAAAACUAAAACCAAGCAGAAACCCAGUCACAAGUCUACCCCCACCGUUUCCAAAUCAAAAUCAAAAUCAACUAAAAUGAAACUAGACAGGUUAAAUGCUGACAUAAGUGAAUUCAAUGAAGUAACACAACUACUAAAAGAGACCACCAAUGCAAAUGAUGCUAAGAAAGAUAAUCUUAAGUCAUUAGAGCUGAUAAAGGAAGAUUAUGUUAAAGACGAAGAAAAUAAGAAGAAAGAUCAAGCUGCUAAUGAAGAAAUCAAAAAGCAAAUGCAAUUAUUGAGUGAUAUUGGGUUGUAA